GGCGGCCGGUCACUCGGGCUUCACCCCAGAAGCUGAGCUGCGGUUUCCGCCCCGUUCCGCGCAGACAUGGGACCCAUAGCUUUUUAAUUCAGGGUUUGCGGCUUCCACAGAGUAUUUAUGAAGCUUCCCUUGCCCGUUCCACCGCCUCCGUUCUCCACCCACCGACCGACCGGCUGCACUUACUCGCCCUUUCUCAGCGACUCCGUCCAGCCCGCAUUGGGCAUGCUCCAGGAACAGCCCGCAAUGCCCAUGCCCGGCUCACAGCUCAGCACUGCGCCUGCGCAGAAUGCAUCCUCCAGUGAGAAUAGGACACAUUCUGGCUCGCCGCGAAUGCUGGGCAACUGUGCGAGACUGGACAAGACUGGUCACAACUUUGGUGUCAUAUUUCAUCCCCAACUGAGCUUCAGGCCACAAGUCCACUUGAAGCAGGUGCUGGAGAACACCAGGAUAUUAGAUGGAGACGGGAAACUCAAACCAAACAUCCUGUCAAGAUCUGACAGAGUCUCUCGAUUCAUCAGGACCUGAAUAUCAUCAGCCUUUGAAUGUUUGCCUGUUCGGUCAGUGGGAAUAGGUUUUGAACAUCAGGGUGACCGGAAAAGCACCUACACAUGCCCGAGUGAGAGUGUUGCAGUGCACUGCCCGUAGAAAGAGCUUUAACCAGUUACACAGCCUGAGGAGACAUCACACCGUUCACAGUGGGGAGAAACCAGGCGCACGUCCUUUGUGUGGACGAAGCUUCAACAGAUCAUCUAACCCCGGAGAGACACGAGCACGCCUGAACCAUGGAGAAGCCGUGGAAAUGUGGAGACUGCGGGAAGGGAUUCAGAUCCCCGUCUGUUCUGGAAAUUCAUCGGCGCAACCACACGGGAGAGAGGCCGUUCACCUGCUCCGAGUGUGGGAAGGGAUUCACUCAGUCCUCCGGCCUACAUAAGCACCAGAGGACUCACUCGGGGGAGAAGCCGUUCGCCUGUUCCGAGUGUGGGAAGGGAUUCACCCAGUCAGCCCACCUGCUGACGCACCAGCGAAUUCACACAGUGGAGAAACCUUUCAACUGCUCGGAGUGUGGGGACAGGUUUAAAAGCUCCGAGGAGCUGAGCACACACCAGCUGAUUCACACCGAUAGACCGUUCUGCUGCUCCCAGUGCGGCGAGAGGUUCAGGCAGUCAUCCGAGCUCCUGAGACACCAGCGGGUUCACACCGGCGCCGGCCCGUUCACCUGCUCCGUGUGUGGGGAGGGCUUCGUUCUCUCCGCCAACCUCCGGACCCACCAGCGUGAGCACGUCAAGGAGAGGCCCUUCACCUGCUCGGAGUGCGGGAAGACCUUCACUAAUUCAACCUACCUGCUGAGACACCGGCGGGCCCAUUCUGCGGACAAACCAUUCGCCUGCUCUGUGUGUGGGAAAGAAUUCAUUUACCCGUCUCAGCUGGAAGGCCACAUGCGCAGCCACACCGGGGAGAGACCGUUCGUCUGCUCGGAGUGCGGCAAGGGGUUCACGCGGCUGUCCAGCCUGCAGACGCACCAGCGCAUUCACACCAGGCCUUUCAAGUGCUCCGGCUGCGGAAACGCCUUUCAGAGCCCAGCGGAACUGAAUACACGCCAGCAGCCUCAGACGGGCGAGAAACCGUCUCGUUGCUCCCGCUGCGGGAAGAGGACCCGCCUCGCAGAGCACGAGCGGGUUCACACCGGGGAGAGGCUUUCCCUCUGCCCGGUGUGCGGGAAGGUGUUCACUCGGUCCUCCAACCUGCUGAUACACCAGCGCUCCCACGCCAGGGAGUGGCUGUUCCCCUGCACCGAGUGCGGGAAGGAAUUCGCUCAGAAAUCCAGCUUGCUGAGACACCAGCGUUUACACACGGGGGAGAGGCCCUUCGCCUGCCUCCUGUGUGGGAAGGCCUUUGCCAGCUCGUCUGACCUCCUCACUCACCAGCGGGUUCACACCGGGGAGAGACCCUUCACCUGCUCCGAGUGUGGGAGACAAUUCACCCGCUCGUCCAGCCUAACUGCACACCAGAGUGUUCACAGUGGGGAGCGACCGUUCACCUGCUCUGUGUGCGGGAAGGGAUUCGCAAAGUUAUCUAACCUGCUGAGACACCAGCAAGUUCACUAGCGCCUGCAAGGAUUGGAUUUGGUUAUCAGUGCGGAUGCUAAGUCACACCCAGGGCUGGACCAUUUGAACAGUCACCUGUUUGUUUCUGAUAAAUGGGUUGGAAUUUAAUAUCCUGGGUAAACGUCAAAUAAAUCGGGUUUGUUCUAAA